AUGGGACAGGCCGCAACUUUACCCUGCAGAAAAGGUGGUACAUACGUCAGCGAGCUUUAUGAGUGUUUCAGGAAGUUCCUGAAUGAAUGUCCCAGUGGACUGAUCACACUCCAUGAGUUCAGACGUCACUUCUGCAAUGGAACCGCGGGAAAAGAGUCAGUGGAGUAUGCAGAGCAGAUAUUCCGCACGCUAGAUAACAAUGGGGAUGGAGUUGUGGACUUCAGAGAAUAUGUGACAGCUAUUAGCAUGUUGAUUGAGGGCACGACGGUGGAGAAGCUGCGCUGGUCCUUCAAACUCUAUGACAAAGACAAAGAUGGAGCCAUCACACGCUCGGAGAUGCUGGAAAUCAUGCAGGCUGUGUACAAGAUGAGCGUUGCAGCAUGUCUGACCAAACCUGAUCCACUGACUGCUGAAGAAUGCACCAAUAGGAUAUUUGUACGGCUGGACAAAGAUAACAAUGCCAUUAUCAGUCAAGAGGAAUUCAUUGAAGGCGCGCUGAAUGACGAAUGGAUCAGAGAGAUGUUGGAGUGUGAUCCAAAAACAGUGAAGAUGGAGAGGUCUCUCAAAGGCAAUGCAGUGCUGUAAAUCUGUGGGUCUAUUUACAUUCAGUAUAAAGGAGAUCAUGGCUGUUACAGUAUUUAUUGUGAUGGGGCUGUUGUGAAUGCCUUAAAGAUGAGAUGUUCAUGCAUUCGUCAGUAUGAUUAUUUUAAAUUAAUGGAAUAGUUCACCACAAAAUAAAUA